AUGUCUGACUUUGUUUAUGAUGGUGGUUCGAGCAGCAGUAACACGACUUUCCAGUAUCCGUUCGCCUCGGCGCCAGACAUAAUCCGAUCGCACCAAAAAGAUGCCUACUUUCAGGGCGUGCUGCUGGAGCGCCUCUCAUCAGUGCUACGGAACCUCUAUGGCGCUCGCUUUGCCCAAACACACAUGACGGGCACGCGCACAUUUGCCGACCUACUAUACCUAUCUUUGACCACUGUAGUGGGAAACCGCACGCUGGGAGAGGAAUACUGCGACAUUGUCCAGGUAGAAGACGACACGCUGCGCCUGCCAAGCGCAUACAGAAGAGGAGGAUACAUACUCGCUAGCGUCCUACUGCCGUACGGUCUUACUAGACUCCUACCAGCCUUUCGAAGGAAGCUGCGCACAAAGUUGGAAGCUUCACUGCGACGACGAAACACCAAACCCGACCAGUCAUCCUCGUGGCUGACCAGCCUGCAAGCUUACGUCCUUCGGAACCUCGACGCCAUCACUUCUCCCUCGCCAAUACAUGCCCUUAGUCUGACCGCCUUCUACUUUACCGGUGCUUACUACCACCUCGCAAAGCGCAUCAGCGGCCUCCGCUACAUCUUCACUAGACGUCUAGAUCCCAGCGAGCAGCGCAUCGGCUAUGAAGUCCUGGGUGUACUGUUGGUCCUACAACUUGGUGUCCAGGCCUACCUACACGCUCACGAGACAUACUCGUCUGUCCCUGUCAUCAGCAAUCCCGCAAGCUUGGGCGGAGGAAGUGCCGUGCUUGACAAUGGUGUCGAAGUCUCUCUGGACCCAAAUGCCUACAGCUCAAACAAUGCCCUAUUGUUUGAAGAAGGCGGUACCCAACGCGAUCCAUCAAGCCUACACAGUAAGGUUUCGAGAAUGACACAUACACCUCUGCCGCCUUCAGACUCGGAAGCUGCUAUUCUCAAUCUCGAAAACGAGGAAAAACUCGCGUGGAUAGAGAGCAGUCAACAGAGAAAGUGCACCCUAUGUCUGGAACCCAUGCGUGAUCCCAGUGCCACCACCUGCGGCCAUGUCUUCUGCUGGACUUGCAUCGCGGAUUGGGUGAGGGAGAAGCCAGAGUGUCCGUUAUGUAGACAGGGUGUCAUGGCGCAGCAUAUUUUGCCGCUUAGAGCUUAA